AUGAACACUACAUUCGAACAGUUUGCCGAGGCUCACUCACAACGGAAUGGUUAUAAACUUGCGCAGACGCUCUCACCUGUUCCUCCAGCAGAUGACCCUCACCGCUUGAUGGCAGUAUGGCGUAGCACGAAUUCUCACAGUGUCAAAGGCGACAUCAAACACUUUAUCAAGUCCAACACAGCUCAUCGACGGAAAAUCGAUCACGAUGAGACAACGGGCUGGGUUGAGGUCUACACCUCGUACUGGAAAGCUGUUGCUGAAAUCUUGGCGGGGGAGAGCGGCAAGUCUACAUGGACAAAAGUGUACGAGGCAUGGAAAGAACUGACCUCAGUACUUAUCCGUGGUUAUAACUCACACGGAUUCGAAGCAUGGACAAUCCCAUCCCUAUAUAUGGUGGGAAAGUAUCUUCGGUUAUUUGCGAUUAAGUCCGACGAGGAGCGUCGGGCCAAAGCCUUUGAUACUGGUCCUGGAGCUUCCUUGAUAUCAGAUGAUUUUGAUCCCGAAACAGACAAACAACUUCAAUUAAGAGACUGCGAGGGACAUCUCAAGCGUAUCUUUUCACUGUGUUUGAAUGACAGAGCGCCACUCGAAGAGUCAAGGAAAUGGGGAAUCUACUUUGUUAUCAACCUCCUUUUCAAGACUUACUUCAAGCUGAACUCUGCCUCAUUGUCGAGAACGAUUCUCAAGACGUUGGCUGUGUACAAUGACAAAGGAGACAUGCCGCCACUGGAAUCGUUCCCAAAAUCUCAGCGAGUGACCUUCAAGUUUUAUGAGGGUGUCUUGCUCUUCCUUGAGGAAAACUACCUCAAGGCUGAGUCUCACCUCAACGAAGCAUGGCAACUAUGCCAUAAAGACGCUUACGCGCAAUCAGAACGAAUCCUCACCUACCUCAUUCCUUGCCGUCUCCUUACCAGCCACGUCCUCCCCACGAAAGCCCUCCUCGAGAAUUACCCGCGACUGCAGGACCUCUUCCUCCCUCUCGCUACUUGCAUUAAAUCCGGCAACCUUCAGGCCUUUGACCAGGCUCUGCAGCAUGGCGAAGCUGAAUUUGUCAAGCGACGUAUUUAUCUUACCCUUGAAAGAGGUCGAGAUAUCGCCUUGCGUAACCUCCUUCGUAAGGUCUUCAUCGCUGGUGGAUUUGAUGAGCCAAAAGAUGGUGACGCCGCCCCGGUCCGUCGUACAAGAGUUCCCGUUGCCGAGUUUCAAGCUGCUAUUAGUAUGGGCAGCGGUCACUUGGUCGAUCCAGAUGAGGUUGAGUGUAUGCUGGCCAAUAUGAUUUACAAGGAUCUUAUGAAAGGGUAUAUCGCAAGAGAACGAGGUAUCGUGGUACUGUCCAAAAAGGGAGCUUUCCCCGGCACAGGACUGUGA